UGAGCACAAACUUGGACGCCUUUAUAUAUAUAAGCAGUGCUGUGACACUGCUGUAGUCCACUGUGCUUCGCCCUUCAUCGGACGGAUCCAUCGACGAACGACGACUCCCGCCACCGCCAGCCGGGUGCUUCCUCACCGGCAUCGACCAGGAAGCAGCAGAGAACUAAGGAGGCGGAGGGAGCAAACCCCAGCCCGAGAUGGCGCUCCACCAGCGGGAAGCCGGCGGGGGCAAGGAGGAGAAAUCCGCCAUGUACGGCGACUCCUCCGAACCGGGCCCGCGCCACGGCAGCGUGCCGCCGUGGAGGGAGCAGCUGACGGUCCGCGGCCUUCUGGUGAGCAUCGCCGUCGGCACCAUGUACAGCGUCAUCGUGAUGAAGCUCAACCUCACCACGGGGCUCAACCCCACGCUCAACGUCUCCGCCGCGCUCAUCUCCUUCGUCAUGCUCCGCGGCUGGACGCAGGCGCUGGCCCGCCUCGGCGUCGCCGUCCGCCCGCUCACGCGCCAGGAGAACACCGUCGUCCAGACCUGCGCCGUCGCCUGCUACAGCAUCGGCGCCGCUGGUGGAUUUGGGUCCUACCUGCUUGGGCUGAACAAGAAGACCUACGAGAUGGCCGGGGUGGACAUGGAAGGCAAUGUGGGCCACAAGGAGCCCCGAAUUGGUUGGAUGAUCGGCUUCCUCCUCACGGUCAGCUUCGUGGGGAUUCUUGCGCUCGUCCCUCUCAGGAAGGUUUUGGUAAUCGACUACAAAUUAACAUACCCAAGCGGGACUGCAACAGCCGUGCUUAUAAAUGGAUUCCAUGCCCCUCAGGGAGAUGAAGUGGCAAAGAUGCAGGUGAGCGGAUUCACAAAAUACUUUGCAAUCAGCUUCUUCUGGAGCUUCUUCCAAUGGUUUUACUCUGGUGGAGAUAAGUGUGGGUUUUCGCAGUUUCCCACUUUUGGGCUACGAGCUUGGAAACAAACAUUCUUCUUCGAUUUCAAUCUCACAUAUGUUGGGGCAGGGAUGAUUUGCCCCCACCUUAUUAAUCUAUCUCUCCUUCUCGGUUCUGUUCUCUCCUGGGGUUUAAUGUGGCCACUGAUCGGUGGUUUGAAAGGGAAAUGGUAUCCGGCAGAUUUACCAGAAAGCAGCAUGAAAAGCCUGCAAGGUUACAAGGCCUUCAUCUGCAUAGCUCUCAUCCUGGGAGAUGGCAUAUACAAUUUUGCCAAGAUUAUCGUAUCCACCACUAUGAAUCUCCUUGACAAAUCAAAACUGAAGAACACAAAGAAAGAGGAAGAUAUUCUGCCGCUUGAUGAACUACAUCGUAAUGAAGUUUUUAUGAGAGACGGUCUCCCUAACUGGCUAGCCUGCUCUGGUUACCUUGCAUUAUCAGUCGUUGCAAUAAUCACCAUUCCCUUGAUGUUCCCUGAGCUGAAGUGGUACUAUGCUGUCAUUGCUUACUUAUUGGCUCCUGCCCUGGGUUUCUCCAAUGCCUAUGGAGCCGGCCUUACUGACAUCAACAUGGCCUACAAUUAUGGAAAAGUUGCCCUUCUCAUUCUUGCUGCCACAGCUGGAAAAGAAUCUGGUGUAGUUGCUGGGCUGAUAGGCUGCGGUAUGGUCAAAAAUUUGACGUCAAUAUCUGCUGAUCUGAUGCAGGAUUUUAAAACUGGGCAUCUUACACUAUCAUCACCUAGAUCAAUGCUUAUUGCUCAGAUAAUUGGCACUGCCAUGGGAUGUAUCAUCUCACCGCUAACAUUCUUUGUGUUCUACAAUGCCUUUGACAUAGGCAACCAAGAUGGGCCUUGGAAGGCACCAUAUGCUCUAAUAUACCGAAACAUUGCAAUUCUUGGUGUUGAGGGCUUCUCAGCUCUGCCCAUGCAUUGUUUGCAGCUGUGUUAUGGAUUCUUUGGCUUUGCACUGGUGGCCAACGUUAUGAGGGAUUUCUUACCGCGUAAGUAUGGCAAAUGGAUCCCCUUACCCAUGGCAAUGGGUUUUCCCUUCCUUGUGGGCGGGAGCUUUGCCAUAGACAUGUGUGUCGGGAGCUUGAUAGUCUAUAUUUGGCGAAAGAUUGACAGGACUAAAGCAGGACAUAUGGUGCCAGCAGUUGCAUCAGGUUUUAUAUGUGGGGAUGGACUGUGGAUCUUCCCCGCUUCCUUGCUUGCACUGGCCAAGAUCACUCCACCGAUGUGCAUGGCAUUUGGUUCUACCCACUAGAGGGGUAACAUGCUCCACAGCGGUCGCAGCUCCGUGGACCAUGUCUGAAGUUGUGCAUGGUAGGGUGAAUAAGCUGAAUGAUAGAUCCACAAUGUAAAUCUGUAAGAAUUAUCUUUCAGAAGCAGCUCGUCCAAUGGCCAACUGUUGGUUUCGAGAUGUUCUGUGUAAAAGAGUAUCAUCAUAGCUCUCUUUCUUAAUCAAUGCACCGAGAGUCCGAGACACAAAGUUUUUUGCAUUUU